CGGCUCGCCACCGUCUAGACGCGACGCGACGUGCACUCUGGCUCGUAAACGUGCGUGACUCACAUUCUUGUCGCACGCGCACCUAACACCUCCUUAAUUGCUGUUUUUUAUCUCCAUCAGUGAAAGGCUUGGUUUCGAGUGGCACUCAUUAAGUUUUCGUAAAACGGUGUUGUGCUGAUUUCCGGUCCUUGGGAAAAAUAAUACUGUUUUCCAAAAACGUUAGAGUCAAAGGCUCCAGCUUUUUGACCUGUAAGUGACAAUUUUCACUGGAAUCAAAUUUUUCCGCACCAGUAGAAGCUGUUGCCAAAUUUAAGGAGGCAUCCAUCAAAGCUACGAACGAAUUCCGUCUAAUGUCCAUUUACCGGGAACGAACAGCUGUCUUUCAAAAAAUUAUCCUCUUUUGAAUGGAUAUAAACACAUUUCAAACAAUUUUCUUUCGUUGAAAAUUUUCUCCCGAUGGACAAAUCUUCUGAGGUCUAGACUGCAUGGUAUCUAUGCGUACGGAUGACAAUCUUUCGAUUUUUCACUUUUGCUGUGCGCCCAGGAAAUUUUUGCCCUUCAAAACGAAUGCUGCAUAAUCAAGAGAGAAUCAAUUUCCGGGAUAUAAUUGCAUGUACGUGAAUGGCAAGGACAAAUUCGUUGUCCGAAAAACAAAUGGUCCACUCGGUUCAUCUUCGUUGUUGUGAUUAAUACAGGCCAAACAAUUUUUUCAAUGUCAAGAAAAAGGAAAAAAGGGUGAAUUUGUAGUGACUGGUUGCGUGCAGCGCGACCCAACCGGAUGAACAUUCGAAAUGCAGCUUGAUGCUUCGAAUCGGAUAUGGAAAUAAUCCUGUAGCGUAAUGAAAAGUGAUUGAUUAGAAAGAAAAGCCACAGUGACGUCUGAUGAAUGCUGUGAAAGUGCCUCAGCGGUGAACUAAAGUGAAUUACCGAGUCGGUGGAAUAAAUAAGGGACCAGUGCUUUUGCCAGUAGAUUUCGUGAUCUCAAUAAUUAUAAUUUUAACCAUAGGUAUUUCGUCAGAAUUUAUCUUGCCACACUAUCUUCGGCCAUAACAUUGUGCUGAUAAAAAAUUUUAUUUUUCAGUUGCGAAUAUUUUUACAAGCUUGUUUUAAUCUAUGUAUUGUUCGAAUUAUCGAUUGUUCGAUCUCAGUGCAAUUACGUGUACGCGAGAAGUUACGAUCCGUGAAAGUCAGUGCGGUGAGGAUUCACCUCCGUCAAUCUAAACCGAUGAGAAAACCUUCAAAGACAUGUUGACCAUUCACCUGAUCGUCCCCGUGGCAAUUGUCAUAGUGUCCUGCGCGCGGACUUCCAACGCCCAGGCCUACACGAUAUUCCAAUCGGUGCUCCGCUACUACAGGGAGGGCCUCAACAUCCCGGCGAACGCCGUCAAAGAGACUUCUCGGAUCGAGAAGGAGUACGACUUCAUCGUCGUGGGAGCAGGGUCAGGCGGGUCGGUGGUGGCCAAUCGACUCACAGAAAACCCCGCAUGGACGGUCCUCCUCCUGGAAGCGGGCAAGGAAGAAAUCUUCCUGACCGAUAUCCCUCUCCUCGUCAGCUACAUCAUCGACACGGACUAUAACUGGGGAUACAGGACGCAACCCUCGAAAUCCUUUUGCCUCGGCAUGCAAGGUAAUCGCUGCAACUGGCCGCGAGGCAAGGCGAUGGGCGGAACCAGCGUCAUCAACUACAUGGUCUACACCCGAGGCUGCAAAGCUGAUUACGAUAAUUGGGCAGCACUCGGUAACACCGGUUGGAGUUACGACGAUGUUCUUCCCUACUUCAAGAAGUCCGAAGACGUCGGCGACCCGGAGCUCAUUGGUUCCCCGUAUCACGGCUCGGGUGGUUAUCUGCGGGUCUCCAAGCCGGCGUGGAACACCCACCUCUCGAAGACGUUCCUGAAGGCCGGCCAGGAGCUGGGCUACGACAUCGUGGACUACAACGAGCCGGUGCCCAUCGGGUUCUCCACGGCCUUCGCGACGACCAAAGACGGCGCCCGGCUCAGCGCCUCCAAGGCCUUCCUUCGACCCAUCCGCAACCGGAAGAACUUCCACGUCGUCAAGCAGGCCCGCGUAACACGGGUCCUCAUCAACGAACAGACGAGGCAAACCUUCGGCGUGGAGUUCUUGAAGAACCGACGGACGUUCGCCGUGAAGGCUCGGAAGGAGGUCAUCAUCUCGGCGGGGACCUUGAACUCCCCGCAGAUAUUGAUGCUAUCCGGGAUAGGGCCGCGGGACCACCUGCAGGAGCUGGGGAUCCCCGUGCUGGAGGACCUGAAGGUGGGCCACAACCUGCAGGAUCACGUGUCCAUGGCCGGGCUGGCGUUCUUAGUCAACGACUCCGUGACGAUCGUCGAGGACCGGUUUCGUAGCCCGCGGUUCAUGGUGGACUACCUGGUGCGCGGCAAGGGGCCGUACACGCUACCCGGUGGUGCGGAGGCUGUCGCCUUCACGCUGACCAAGUACGCUAACGACAGCUCCCAACCGGACAUGGAGCUCGUGUUCGGGCCGGGCGCCUUGACCGGGGAUACCGGUGGGUCCCUCCGGAAUAUGUUCAAGUUCAAGAGAGGGGUCUACGAGCGCGUCUUCAAACCGUACGAGGGUCACGACGCGUGGGGUUUGGUGCCGAUCCUUCUUCAGCCGCACAGCCGGGGCUACAUGAAGCUCCGCUCGAAGAAUCCGCUUCACUGGCCGCUCUUCUAUCCCAACUACUUCAGUGACGAGCGGGACCUUAAGACCAUGGUGGAGGGAAUCAAACAGGCAGUUGCAAUCAGCCGGACGCGAGCGUUCCAGCGUUAUGACAGCAAGCUGAUUCCAGAGAAAUUCCCGGGCUGUGAACGACACGAAUUCGAAUCAGAUGACUAUUGGGCCUGCGCUGCGCGGGUCAUCACCACCAAUCUUCAUCAUCAGGUGGGGACGUGCAAGAUGGGUCCGGAGUGGGACCCAGAUGCGGUGGUGGACCCGCGGCUGAGGGUGCGGGGCGUGCGGGGGCUCCGGGUCGUGGACGCCUCCAUCAUGCCGGUCAUCCCGGCCGGACACACCAACGCCAUCGUCUUCAUGAUCGGCGAGAAGGCCAGCGACAUGAUCAAGGAGGACUGGGCCAACGCCAACGACAACAGGAAACGCAGGAAAGGAGACUGACCGGAACCGGGACGUCGCUGACCUGGGGGCACGCUCUACACUCUUCAAGAGAGUCUCGUGGGACUAUACUCUACGGGAGAAUCUUGUGGGACUUUCCUCUUUAGGAGAGUCUCGUGGGAUUAUAUUGUACAGGAGAAUCUUGUGGGACUUUACUCUACAGGAGAUUAGUCUCGUGGGAGUAAAUUCUACGGAAGAAUCUUGUGGGACUUUACUCUACAGGAGAUGAGUCUCGUGGGACUAUAUUCUACGGAAGAAUCUUGUGGGACUAUACUCUACAGAAGAUGAGUCUCGUGAGACUGUAUUCUACAGGAGAAUCUUGUGGGCCUUUACUUUACAGGAGAUAAUUCUCGCGGGACCAUAUUCUACGGGAAAAUCUUGUGGGACUUUACUCUACAGGAGAGUCCCGUGGGACUUUACUGUACGGGAGAGUCUAGUGGGACUGAACUCUAACGGGAGUACUGCUAGUGGUGAUUCUGCAAGUUGGCAACACGGUUAUAAUCCAUAAAAAAUUGUAUGCGAGGCAAGCUGCCUUACCAAGAAUCGAUUAUUUUCCAUAUAUUUAAAUGGUGGAAAAACAAUGUUGCCAACUAGCAAAAUUUCCCCUGAAUUUCCGAAAGAUUCUUUUCCCCAGGGCAGUUUGUCACACCUCUGGCGUAAGGGCGUAUCUUGAAUUCCGCAUGAGUCCCAGAAAUCAUGGAUUUACACGUAAAACGGGGCUCACGUGGAGAUUGAUAUUUACGUCAGAGGGGCGACGAGUUACAUACGAUUUUGAAUGAUACAAUUUGUGAAUGGAAAAUCAAAAAUUUCGCUCUCAUAAACCAUUAGACUGAAAUCAAUUAAACAUUGGAUUUAAAUGUAAUUAUUUUGUAAAUAUGUACAAAUAAAGUUAAGUGUUCCUC